CCGGAAGUUGCGUCCUUACGUAUGCUUGACUUCCCACAGACACACGUGUGGUAUACAUUCAGUGGAUAAAGCACAGAGCAGAAAUGCUUCGACGGGAGGCCAGGUUGAGGAGGGAGUACCUCUACAGGAAAGCCCUGGAGGACAGACAGCGUGCCGUGGAAGAGAAGAAAGAGAAGCUAAAAUCUGCUUUAGAUGAGAACCGUAUGAUCCCGACUACAGUGCGGCGAGAGGCUCUCGAGCUCCAGAAACUUCUGGAAUACGACGACGAGGGGGGAGAGGGUGUGAGCUCUCACAUGGACGACGAGUACAAGUGGGCUGGAGUGGAGGACCCCAAAAUCAUGGUCACAACGUCGCGAGACCCCAGCUCCCGUCUGAAGAUGUUUGCAAAGGAGAUGAAGCUGAUCUUCCCUGGGGCUCAGCGUAUGAACAGAGGGAACCACGAGAUGAACGCCCUGGUGCAAGCCUGCAAGGCCAAUGCUGUCACUGACCUGGUCAUUUUCCACGAGACCAGAGGCCAGCCAGACGCCAUGGUUGUGAGCCACUUGCCGUUUGGCCCCACGGCCUACUUCACCCUGUACAACGUGGUGAUGAGACACGACGUCCCGGACAUCGGCACCAUGUCCGAGGCUUUCCCUCACCUCGUAUUCCACAACUUCAGCUCACGGCUGGGAAAGAGGGUGUCCAGCAUCCUCAAAUAUCUCUUUCCGGUGCCAAAAGAAGACAGCAAGCGGAUAAUCACCUUUGCCAAUCAGGAGGACUACAUUUCUUUCAGACAUCACACGUAUCAGAAGAAGGAUCAUAAGAAUAUUGAGCUGUCGGAGGUGGGGCCAAGGUUUGAAAUGAAAUUGCACAUGAUCAAGCUGGGUGCUCUGGAUGCCGAGGCCACAGCGGACGUGGAGUGGCGCCACAGCUCCUUCAUGCGCACAGCCAAGAAGCGCAAGUUCCUGAGUGUGGACUAGCUCUGCCUACUGAGCCAUCCCUGCCAAUCAGAUUUGAGCAAACAAGGUCUCAGACUCUGGGUCCAUGCUUGCAGUCACUCCCAUCUCUGAACUGCGGCUCCAAGAUGACGGUCAACUUCACAACGAAGGGUCGAUUCUAAACUAAACGCAAAGCAUACAGUGUUUUGGUACAUAUGUGUAAACUGAGUGUGAAAUAAUUAUUUCAUUGAAAAAAUACAUUUUCUUAAAAAAAUCUUUGAAAAAUGCUUGGUUUUCUUUCUUGUAAAAUGGAACAUCAAAAAAAAAUUUAACUUUCAGUUAUAUUGAAUUGGUUUGCCAGGUUAAUAAUCUCUCAGUAUUUACUGUGGAAAGAGGUAUUUAAACUGGGUUUGGGAUAAGGGGUGGGCAAUAUGGCAAAUCAUGGUAUUUUUGUUUUUUAGACUUCAUAAGGGCACUCAGGGUUGUGUCUGAGCUGAUAGGGUAAUGCUGCCGUGGUUUUAUUUGGGAAGGAAGUUCAGAAUGGGUCUUCCCUCUUGCCUUUCCUUUUCAGUUACGGUAAGUGAAACUGGUUCUGCUAACAAAUUCAGGCCUUACAGCUUAUUAAAGCUGGAGACAUUUCUACAGAAGCAGGUGGGAAUCAAAGUAGGUUUCAUUACCAUCUUAAAGCAGGUUAUGUCUCUGUGUGAAAUACAGAUAGCUUUGAUUAAAAUCAGCAAAUACGGUCUGCCACAGUGACCAGGGGAUGUGUGGAAGCUGACAGUCUUGUCAAUAUUAAAAUAUCUUGGUUUUGGAACCAGCAACUAAUACUAGUACAUCUCUUUUCAAUUCUGCACUGUUUGAAUGUUGCCACUUAUUGAUGAGAAUUUGUUGCUAAAUUCAUCUGCCACCAACAUGAACCCCUACUUGGGCUAUUUUGACUGGCUAGUAACUAUGGGCCCAGAUAAUACUAAACAAAUCCAAUGUGUUUUUUUGCUGACUCUGACUGUACUGUUGGAUACUAGAAAACAGCAGGGCUAAGUUCGCAGGAUGGAUAAAGUAAAUGGAUGUCACUGUUUAAAGGCAGUUAAACUCAUUCUGAAAAGUGCUCUAAGUGCAGGAAUCACUAUGCCCCUGUUCAGAGGCACAGAAGUCAUCUUUCCACAGUUAACACUGACGGUCACAGACCACUGUCCCAUUGUCACCCAUGUGAAAGGCUGCGAAGCUAAACUGAUUUGAGCAGUUACUGAGUUUACAGCACACAAUAAUAUCACCUUUAUUAAUCUGCUGGAAAUUAGAAUGGAGUUUACAGCACACAGUAAUAUCACCUUUAUUAAUCUGCUG